GACAGAAACACAGAGAUCCAUAGUUACCAUCACAGCAGUCCCAGUCUCCGUCGGCAGACCCACAGAGGGGAACUACCUCUGCGUGUUUGCAAAACAGCAGAAAAUCGGGUGCAAACAUACAGGCUUCAUCACUAGAGAUUCUGGACAAUCUGAGACAAGACUCAUCCACGGACCGAGCUCAGCAGUACCAAGAUCUCUCAGAUAACCACACUCAGCAGAAGUUAUAUUGUGAAACCAAGCCUGAAAUCCUUUGAUGAGAACAAAGUGAGACAACAAUCCAUAUCAGGGCCAACAAAUGCUAAUCAAUACUGAAUCUCAGCACAAGAGUUUGCUGCUUCCUAUGCAACUUCCAAACUCACUGAACAACUAUGCAUCAGCAUAAAGAAGGAGGCACAACUAUUUUUUACCCCUGAGGUGGAAUGGAAGGGAAUUACCAUAAGCUUCGGGCACUCACCAGAAGGCCAUCUGCACCGGGACCUCCAGCUCAGAGAUACUGUCACUUAACAGAUAGCAAAAACCUCACCUGUUAAUGUCGCUGUGCCCAUCAUAACUCUGGAUUUUCAGUCCUUUUACAUCAACAAUGUCUGCAACCUGAAGCCAGCUUUGGAUCAAUAUUUAAUCCUGAAAUCAAACUUAAUGGUGAAGCAAGAUCAAAUUAAUAAUUUGCUGCUGGAACACCUUUCAAAUAACUUCAUAAUAUAUUCCAGCAAAUCUUUUUCUAGUCACAGGGAAUAUUCUUCAAAAAUUCUUUUUUACCAGUUCAGCCACAUUUAUUUUCAGAUACAAAGCAACUGGAAAAUGACAAACAAUUCAUCCAACUGCACCGAUAUACGAUCUGCCUCAGAUUUACUGUAUGCUGUCAUGUAUGUUAUAAUAUUUAUACCAGGCCUAAUAGCUAAUGUUCUAGCUCUUUGGGUGUUCCAUGCUUAUAUCAAGGAGACAAAGCGGGCCGUGAUAUUCAUGAUUAACUUGGCCAUUGCAGACUUGGCACAGGUCAUGUCCUUGCCGCUGCGAAUUUUCUACUACCUGAACCAUGAUUGGCCUUUUGGCAGGUUUUUGUGCAUGUUUUGUUUUUACCUUAAAUAUGUGAACAUGUAUGCAAGUAUAUUCUUUCUGGUAUGCAUCAGUAUCCGGCGAUGCCUGUUCCUAAUUCAGCCCUUCAAGUACAAUGACUGCAAACGAAUGUAUGAUGUCUAUGCAAGUAUCAUCGGCUGGGUCAUUGUGGGUUUGGCUUGCUUGCCCUUCCCACUGAUGAGGAUUGAUACAAAAACCAACUCCAGCCAUUUUAACAGCUGCUUUACAGCUCUUCCUAUCAUACAAAUUGGUAUCCCUACCUCCGUUGCCAUGGUUACACUGGCUGAACUAACAGGAUUUGUAUUGCCUCUCAUAAUUACCAUAAUCUGCUCUUGGAAAACCAUCAUGUCCCUGCGGGAGAAAAAUUCUGUCUUGCAGGACAGUGGGGAGAAGAAGAAAGCCUUAAAGAUGGUGUUGACCUGCACCAUGGUCUUUCUGGUUUGCUUUGCACCAUAUCACAUCACCUUCCCUUUGCAUUUUCUGGCCUUGUCAGGGCGCAUUGAAAAUUGUACAAUCAAGACAUUCAUACUUAAAUUCCACCCAGUAGCACUAUGUCUAGCCAGCCUGAACUGUUGUUUAGACCCAGUCAUAUACUACUUCACAACAAAUGAGUUCAGGAGGAGACUAUCACGGCAAGAAAUCAAUGAAAACAGUAUACAGCUCCAGUUAAUGGAAACCUAUUCAAACAAUUGUUCAUUCCCUUUGUGCCCAAAGAUCAAUCCAUAUCGGCGUCAAAUAUACAAUGACAGAAAGACUGCUGCAGGAAGAGCAAUGACAAAGAAAUUAAAACAUGCUCCCCCAUGAAUUUUAUAUACAGUCUCUGCUUCAGUACAGUACAACAAACCCCAACCACUAGGAGCCACAGAAUGUCUAUAAUCCGCCAUGAAGUCCAUCGUGAUCAGUGGUUGCAGAGAGAUAUGCAAUUUCCCCACCAGAGAACACAAACAGGUUUGAUGUGAAGAAUCACAAGGUCCAGGAGCCAAUGAACUAUAAGCUGUUGCGAUUCUUGGAAAAGAAGUACUUUUGUAACUCAAGGAAACAAAGCGGAUGCAAACAAGUCAGAGGAUUCAGCAACUGCCCAACAACUGCAACAUACCCUGGCUCUGCAGUGCCGUCAAGCUGGCCUAAAAUAGCUAAGGAUUCUCCCAAGCAAGAGCCAGGAACUGAGAGUAUGAGACACUCAGUAUUGGGAAGAUCUAUAUAUCAACCUAUAUUUCACUUUUAGUAAGAACGUCAUUGAAUAACCAAACCACAUUCACUGCCACAUUAGAAUACUUAAAGGUAGACAGAAGUUAUUCAGUUUUUCACACCUGCUUGGCUUUGAGGAGAUCUUUAAAUUGUUUAUUCUGUACACUCUAAUUGUCUGUAUUCAUUAUGGAGACCAGAACCGAAUGUAUGCUUCAGGGGACUGGAGCAAAUGAAGUGGCCAGCUGAACAAAACUGACUGGGUGUAAUUACAUCCUUAUAUUGUUGGUACUUUCUCCUCAGUGCCAGGGCAUGCCAGUUGUAGGUAACCGAUAUUACAGAUUUACACAGGAAACCCCGGUUCACUGCUAUUUGUUGGAUAGUCUUCUGCAUUGGGUUUGAUCUUCAGAUAUUCUUUUCCUCAGAUGACCAAAUCAUCGUCACGUAUUGCCACCUAAGAUGUGGACAAUGAUUCUCAAAUAAUACAAAAUUUCAAUUACCUCCCACAGAGGAUUCUUUGCCGUAAGAUUAAUCCAAUCCUUCUUAAGCAUUGCUGGAUAUAAAAAAGUCACUUCCAUCAUUGGCUUUCAGGGAAGGUGUCACCGAUGCAUUGCUUGAAUGGCCUUCAAACUACAAUUGCCAAUUGCUUCUUUAGUUUAUGCAAGGUUUAUGUUUACUGUGCAAUCAUAAAAUAAGAAAUUAAAAGGAGUAUGUAUACUAUAACACCACAAAGACUAUUAAAGUGGAACCAGAAUUAUGAAAGACCUGACUUACAUGCAAGUUCAUCCAUAAAUGUUCGAAGAAUUUUGCAAUAUAGUAUUAAUAAUAAUAAAAUGCUUC